AUGAUGGAUUUUCUGAAAAUCAAGAUAAAAUGCAGACGUGAUAGUGCACCUAUACCAAAAGCCAAUUUACAGCUAAUUGCAACCAAACUCAAGGGCUUUGGUGAUAAACCAAAGACACUUGGUCAAUUCAUUGCAAUUAAUUCAGGGCAGUUUAUUGAUCCGUCAACAUGGGAAGAUGAAAUCGUUCCAUACGGCAACUGUUCAAUUAUUAUUACAAGUAGUGUUGUGGUUACUAUUUCAAAAGCUUUCAUAGGUCUUAACAUGCGUAAAUGUGACAUCUAUGGUACUUUACUUUUGGACUCGUCUUCCUAUAGUAGCGUUACAUUUGGCUAUAGAUCUAAUGUUAUUGUCCAUGCCAGUGGUUUUCUUCAAGAUCACACAAGUGGUAACGUUAUUAAUUGCGCUGAAGGUGCAUUAUUGACGAUUUAUCUUAUGGGAUCAUUCGCUGGUAAAGAUACAGUUGUGAAUUCUAUCAGCACAGCCCAAACAACGGCUAAUCAAACUAGAAGCGUGAAACUAAGCUCAGAUUUUAAUGACCCGUUUACUUGUGGUAUACUGUCUGGUGGUUCAAUCGAGAAAUACGAUAAAGUCACAUAUAUAGUAUCGCAAUCAGGUGAUUUCAUCGAUGAUUUAACAUGUCUUGGUAAUGUUGCUCCAACAACUGCUAUAUGUGAAUUGGUAGGUGGUUGUGGUAUGAGUAUUUCAGCAGGUUUUAUUCUAUCGACAGUUGAUCUUAACAGUGAGUUGAAUAUGAAUUUUAAUGAUAUUAGUAUUGCUGUUGGAGCUGUUUUGCAACUAGGCGCACCUGAUAGUAACAAUAUUUUUAAAUUUAAGUUCCAAAUACUGAUCAAUUCUCAUGGAACAUUAUCCGACAUAGCCGAUGGCACUGGUGGUAUAUCUAUUUGUCUCUAG